AUGUCAAGAAAAAAAUACUCUUUUGCCGAAUUAGAAGGAUUAAUUAAGCAAGCCCGUCAACAAAAACUGGCUGCUAAACAAAAAGCUCAGCGGGAAAAGAGAGAGUCCCACCAACGGAUACAACGAGAAAAAGAGCAAAGUCGCAUUCAACACAAAAAAAGGUUGGGAGAAAUUUACGGUUACUUUCGCCAAGAACUAAAUAAAUUAGAUCGCAGUAAGCACCCCGAAUAUUUUACUGCUCAUUUAAGUUUAGACCCCGUAACUAAGAAAGGACUGCAAAGAUUAAGCCGGAAACAUCCCGACUAUGAUUUUUAUGCUGAGUUUAAGAAAAAUAAAAAGAAUUUAGUUUACCAACUCAAUAAAGGUGGGCGAGAUUACUUAUUAAAACAAACUACCCGAGCUUAUCAGGAAGAAAUAGCCGAACAAGCCAGACAAAAGGUUAAGUUCUUUUUUCCGGAAAAGGGCGAACAUAAAGUUUUUUUUGGUAAAAAAAAGGAAUUUAAGGAAAUUUGGCAAGAAAUUUUAACUAGUCAAGGCAGUAUCCAAGACCGAGCCAGACCUACCAAAGCUUUUGCCAUUGGGGAAAUGUUAAGAAAAACCAAGCCUGAAGGCGAGCUGGUUUCUGAUAAUGAAAUUGAGCUGGAUAAAUAUGGCAAACCGAAAUUUAAAGAAGGGCAGGUUAUAUCAUUAAAUAGCAAUAAACCUGGACGCCGGUGGAGUGUUUCUAAAAAUGUUCCCAGUUUGGAAAAGCAGGCAGAAAAAGAAGUUCAUCUUAGAGCACAAGAGAGUUAUAUAAAUGAGCAUGGUACCGAAUUAGAGAAAGAUAUAUUUUUUAAUCGUCGAAAAAAUAAUUUUUUAUGUGUCAUUGAGGCCAUGGGAUUUGACUGCCGAGCCAAUCAAGGGACUAGUGAACCAUGA